AUUGCAAGUUAACUGAAUCUUUCUAAUUAAUUAAGGUAAAGUUGCCUAGCUAUUUGUAAAGAUUAAUUCAUUCUUAAUUAAGGUCCCUCUUACUUUGAUUUGAUUUGAUGCCAAAACAAUUAAUUAAUCUCUUAGCCCUCCUUUCAAUACAUCAAAAAAUUAAAAUAACAUAAAAUAAAAAUGAAACUAGUAGUUGACCAAAUUAGCAUGCUCAUUUCCUAAAUUGGAGUGGUUCUUUUUGAACAAUCUCUUUCUCUCUCUCUCUCUAAUGGAUUUGUUAGUGGCACUUUCUGAGCAUAGCAGGUUCACCUGAUCAGUUAUACAAGUUACAAACACUACUAGCUUCAUAAUUGUUACUUGAUUUAUAUGCUUCUUAGAUACAUCAAAUUUUUCAUAUCAUUCUUUGAUUCUAAAAACAUACAAUACAUUAUCUUAAAGCUUGAAAUAUUCUUCACUUUUUUAGCUAAAAAAGAAGAUGUCAAGUUCAGAUCAUUCAUCAUUAUUCUUGUAAAAGCACUUUUGUUGCUAGAAAGAGAAAAAAAAAGUUUUUUUUUUCUUUUAUUUUUCAGUAACAAGCUUGAAACUGUUACUAAAUGUCAAAAUGAAAACCCUUUUCUCAAAGGUUCAUAUUUCACACCCCAAGUUUAUUUUCAUUCAAAGUUCAACACUUUAGCUUAAAGGGUUGUUAGAAAAGUGGUUAAACUCAUCAAAAAAUGCGUAGUUUGAAGAUUGUUGAACGUUUUAAGAGUAUUCAAGUUCAUGCUCUUAGUUCUUCAUCUGAAACUAAUGGUGAUAGCAAAACCAAACCUCACAACGUUAACAGACACAGAACAAUAUUGUCUUGGUCAAAAUCAAAAUUCAACAACAAUAACACAACAACCUCAGAAUUUGCAAAUCUUGUUUCUCUUCAGUUACCUUCAACUGACACUAUUGAACCAUCUAUAGAACCUUACCUUAAACCAAUCAACCUUGUUGAGACUUUAGCAGAACUCUAUCAAAGGAUAGAGUUUUGCUCCACACAGAAUGAGAAAGUGACACUUUUUGUUGAACUUUUCUCUGUUUUGUAUGGUCUUGGAGACCAGAAGCUACUCAGAAGAUGUCUUAGAAAUGCGCGACAGAACGCCGAAGAUGUGAUUUCAAAGGUUGUUCUUUCUGCAUGGUUGAGGUUUGAAAGAAGGGAUGAUGAACUUGUUGGUGUUUGUUCAAUGGAUUGUGGUGGUUAUAAUGUUCUUGAAUGUCCAAAGAAGAAUUUGGAAAAUGGGUUUAGUCCUUUUUCAAUUAAUGAUCACUGCAAGUGUACUCAAGAAGAGAAAAAGCAUGAAAAUUUUGAUAAUGAUGAGUGUGUUUGUUUGUCAGAUGAGGAAAGUGAUGUUUUGUUUUGUGUUGGGAAUGAAGAAAUCAAGUGUGUUAGGUGGAGAAUUGCUUCACUUUCAGAACCAUUGAAUGCAAUGCUUUGUGGUGGAUUUCUAGAAUCCAAAAUGUUGAAAAUUGAUUUUUCAGGUAAUGGAUUAUGCUCAGAAGGGAUGAAAGCAGUUGAAUUUUACAGCAGAACAAAAAGAUUGGAUCUUUUUGGUCCCAAUACUGUUUUAGAGCUUCUGUCAUUUGCCAAUAGGUUUUGUUGUGAGGAGAUGAAAUCUUCUUGUGAUUCUCAUUUGGCUUCAGUUGUUGGAAAUGUUGAAGAUGCAUUGAUACUUAUUGAGUAUGGAUUGGAAGAAAGAGCAAAACUUCUCGUAGUUUCUUGCUUGCAAAUUUUUCUUAGGGAGCUUCCAAAUUCACUUCAUAACUCAAAGGUGAUAAAUUUUUUAUGUAGUUUUGAGUCAAAGGAAAAGUUGGAAAAUUUAGGGUGUGCUACUUUCUUGUUGUACUAUUUUCUCAGCCAGGUCGCGAUGGAAGAAAGCAUGGUAUCGAAAACAACAGCGAUGUUGUUGGAGAGAAUGAAAGAGUGUGCUGCAGAGAAAUGGCAGAAGGGUCUAGCAUUGCAUCGAUUAGGGUGUGUGUUUCUGGAAAGAAGGGAGUAUAAAGAAGCUCAACAUUGUUUCGAUGAAGCAGUUGAAUUAGGUCAUGUUUAUUCUAUAGCAGGUGUGGCUAGAACGAAGCAUAAACAAGGUCAACCAUAUUCAGCUUAUAAGUUAAUUAGUUCACUCAUAUUCGAGUAUAAACCAGUCGGUUGGAUGUAUCAAGAGAGAGCAUUGUACAAUAUGGGAAGAGAAAAAGGUUUUGAUUUGGAUUUUGCAACUCAACUCGAUCCUUCACUUUCAUUUCCGUAUAAAUAUAGAGCAUUGGAAAAAGUCGAGGAGAAGCAAAUAAAGGAAGGGAUUAUGGAGUUAGAUAAGUUUCUAGGAUUUAAGCUUUCACCUGAUUGUUUAGAGUUGAGGGCAUGGCUGUAUAUUGCAUUAGAUGACUAUGAUAGUGCUAUAAGAGAUAUUAGAGCUUUGUUAACCAUAGAGGCUAAUUACAUAACUUUACAUGGGAGGAUUAAAGGCGAAUGCUUGGUUCAAAUUCUUAAAAGUAAGAUUCAGAAGAAGAAUCAGGCGGAUUGUUGGAUGCAAUUAUACCAACAAUGGUCUUCAGUUGAUGAUGUUGGUUCUUUGGCUAUUAUACAUCAGAUGCUUGAGAAUGAGCCUGGAAAGAGCCUGCUCGAGUUUCGUCUGUCACUACUCCUCUUGAGAUUAAACUGUCAAAAGGCUGCAAUGCGCAGUUUGCGGCUGGCAAGAAACCAUUCCACCUCAAUGCAGGAAAGGCUAAUAUAUGAAGGAUGGAUUCUAUACGAUACUGGCUAUCGUGAUGAGGCUGUUACAAGGGCUGACAGAUCAAUUGAAAUUCAGAAAUCAUUUGAAGCCUUUUUCCUAAAAGCAUAUGUUUUAGCAGAUACAAAUCUUGAUCCUGAAUCUUCUUCUUAUGUUAUUCAGCUUUUGAAAGAAGCACUUAAAUGUCCUUCAGACGGACUUCGCAAAGGACAAGCAUUGAAUAACAUGGGGAGUAUUUAUGUGGACUGUGGUAAAAUAGAACUUGCAAAGGAAUGCUACAACAAUGCACUAGCGAUUAGGCACACAAGAGCUCAUCAAGGUCUGGCGCGUGUUUAUCAUCAGAAAAACCAACGAAAGGCUGCAUACGAUGAGAUGACAAUGCUGAUUGAGAAAGCGGAAAGUAAUGCCUCGGCAUAUGAGAAACGAUCAGAAUACUGUGAUCGUGAGAUGGCAAAGGCUGAUCUUGAUGUUGCAACUCACCUUGAUCCUUUAAGGACAUACCCUUAUAGAUACAGGGCAGCAGUGCUGAUGGAUGAGCAAAAAGAAACAGAAGCAGUAGAAGAACUCACUAAGGCUAUAAAAUUCAAACCAGAUCUUCAAAUGCUUCAUCUACGAGCCGCAUUUUACGAGUCAAUGGGAGAUCUAUCUUCUGCUCUUAAAGAUUGUCAAGCUGCUCUUUGUUUAGAUCCAAGCCAUGCAGCCACACUUGAUUUAUAUCAAAGGAUACAAAAGCUGAACUUUUGAUCUUAAAACAAAACUCAAGAAGCUAUACAUUGGAUGAAUCAGGAGAAAGAUGGAUAAUAGAAAUUUACUUGUGUUUAUAGUAUCAAAUAUGGAGGAUGAUUCAUGUGUAAAACAGAAGAUUUUCACAAUAGUAUGUAUAUACAUUGGUAUAUAUGAUGUGGAAUCUUGUGAGUUGUGAGCAAUAUUCACAGAAUUAGUCUUGCACACUUUACACAUCCUCUUGUACAGUUACAAUACAUGAUUAUAAAGAGAUUCAUACCUCUGGUUUCCAAAAAUUCAUAA